UAUCACAGACUAGUACACAGACAACAGAAAUGGAGCUUACAACUCUGAUCACUGGUGAUUGUAACACCGCUAACGAUGGUCCUAUGGGCAUGGCAAGUGGUUUGAUACCAGACAACAAGAUAAGUGUCUCGUCCAAUAAUGGAUUCCAGAUUGGCUCGAUCCGAAUCAAUCAAAACGGUUUGUGCUUCGGCAACAUUGACGCCAAUCAAUGGGUCCAAGUUGAUUUUGGCGGGAAGGUGUACGUGACGGGAGUACAGUGCGGACCAGCCUCUGCAAAUGGCGUGUGGAUUAACGAGUAUAAAGUUCUGUAUGGUGAUGAUGGCGUUACCUGGACUGCGGUGCAAAAUGCAGCAGGGACAGCAGAUGCAGUGUUCAAUGGACCACCCGACCGUUACACUGUGGAGACCUCCAUGUUCCCGACGGCUGUUUACGCGAGGUACAUCCGCCUGCAGCCUACUGCCUGGGGUCGGUACAUCUGCAUGCGAUUUGAAUUACUUGGUUGCAGAUACUAA